ACAUGUUUAACGUACACUGCGUCGGCGUGUAUCUCUGUUACUGUUGUGUGUAUGUAUGUCACUGUACACAUUAACCAAACUCUAUUUGUCUCCUCUCCUUUAAAGGACCAAUAACCAACGUAAAUCUUUUCAUGGAUUCUCUUCUUUUCUCUCCAUUUCUCAGCUCAACCCCAUCAGAAUUUCGUCAUUUUCCGGCAAUCUUUUCUUGAUUUUCCGACCUGUAUACAACUCUCCGGCCAUUUUUCCGACCAUAUUCCACCGGAAGUUAAACCAAAGGUGGUUCACAUGGUCUUUUUAUUUAAGGGUGUUGAUUUUCUUGAGUAGUAAAAUUUUGUACUUUCAAGAAUAGUAAAUUCUGUUCAAAAGCUAUUUGGGUUCUAAUCUUGUGGACGGAGUUACGUAAUACCAUUGUUGCGGGAGGUGGCAGGUAGGUGUGCAUUAGCUGGGUCGGAUACCACGGUCAUUAAAAAAAAAAGAAAAAGGAGAUAUAGAGUAGUAAAGUUUUGAACUUUCAAGAAUAGUAAAUUUUGUCCAAAAGUUAUUUGGUGUUUUUCUUGUUAUUUAACUGUGUUUGGUAAUUGAGGAAAGGGGUAAAAAAAGGACAAACUUUUUAACUGUAAAGAAGUUGUCGUUGUCUGUUUAUGUUAAAAAAGCCAUGGUGGGAAUUGUCUAGAGUUAAUGGAUUAAUGGGUAUCUGUUCAUUCUUCUGACAUUUUUCUGUUGAUGGAAUUCCAAGUUGGAGUUUGCAUAUUCUCUGCUUUGUUUGUAGAGUUAAAAGGGGGGCGGAUAUUUAGGUAAGCUAAAUUAAAGAAUCUUGAAAUGGGGCAUUUUUCUUCCAUGUUUAAUGGAUUAGCAAGGUCUUUUUCCUUGAAGAAAAGAAAGAAUAACUCUGGAGAUGGGAAAUAUGAUGGUAGAGAUGCUGUUGAAGCUAUGGCUAAAGAAGCCAAGAAAAAUGACUUGAUAUUAAGGUCUUCAGGAACUGUAAAUGUUGAUGGUUCUAAGAAUUUUGCUUCAUUAUUCUCCAGGAGGGGUGAAAAAGGAGUAAAUCAAGAUUGCUUCAUUGUUUGGGAGGAAUUUGGAUGCCAAGAAGACAUGACAUUCUGUGGUAUAUUUGAUGGGCAUGGUCCUUGGGGUCAUUUUGUGGCAAAGAAGGUUCGAGAAUCGAUAGUGUCAUCGUUGCUUUGCAAUUGGCAGGAGAGUCUUGCUGAGGCUUCCAGUGAUCCAGAUUUGGAUUUAGAUUCUGAUAAAAAGCGUCGAAGGUUUAACAUAUGGAAGGAUUGUUUCUUAAAGUCAUGUGCAGCUGUAGAUCAGGAGCUGGAACACCAUCCUAAAAUCGAUACAUUUUACAGUGGAACCACUGCUUUAACAAUAGUCAGACAGGGUGAGGUUCUUUUUAUAGCAAAUGUUGGCGACUCACGUGCUAUAUUGGCUACCACUUGCGAUGAUGGCAACUUGGUAUCAGUUCAGCUCACUGUUGAUUUCAAGCCUAAUCUACCUCAGGAAACAGAGAGAAUACUGCAGUGUAAUGGUAGAGUAUUUUGCUUAGAUGAUGAAUCUGGGGUGCACCGAUUAUGGCUGCCCGAUGAAGAAUCCCCUGGAUUGGCAAUGUCUAGAGCCUUCGGGGACUAUUGCGUGAAGGACUUUGGUCUAAUUUCAGUGCCUGAUGUGACUCAAAGGCAUAUCACAAGCAAAGACCAAUUUGUUGUGCUGGCAACAGAUGGGGUGUGGGAUGUUAUAUCCAACCAAGAGGCUGUAGAAAUUGUAUCAGAAAGUCCAGAUAGGGCGAAAGCGGCCAAGCAUCUGGUUCAACGUGCUGUCCGUGCUUGGAAACGUAAGAGGAGAGGGAUAGCUGUAGAUGAUAUUUCAGCAAUUGUACUCUUCUUUCAUUCUAAUCAUUUCUGUCAGCACAUUUACCCUGUAACUACACCAGAAUAACACUUGAUAGAAAACGCAAGUUUCUGUC